AUGACCUGUACGACAUCAUCUAUGACCGUGGAAUCUUUAGAGGCCGAGGCGGUCUCGUCUGCCACCGCAACUCCCGGAGAGGAGACUGGUCUCCUGCGGGAUCGCCGCCGGAGACAUUCCUAUCAUGCACCAAGGAAACUCUCCUGUGACUACCAGGAUGCGGAUACUGUUUUUAUUAGGGUCGAACUGUUCCUCGCCGAACUCGAACGCCGUAUGCAUUGGAUCGAACAAUACCGGAAAUCACACAUGGUCCAGAUCGAUGCGAGUUUGAAGCGAGGUUAUGCGACUUUGGAGGCGGUCCGUGAUCAGUGCUCUAUCGCAUCAGGCGAGUUGAUGGGUAGUGGGAAGAAACGGGCCAAGAUCUUGGUGGAAACUCUGGAGGAUCGAUACAAUGAGGCACUGGUAACCAAGGAGACGCUGGAACAAAAGGCCCACGCUAGUAUACGGCUGAUGGAGUCAUUUUUGUCUGAACUGGAGUCGCGGGCUCACGCGGUUCGUGACCGUGGUAUUUACGGUACUUUGGAUGACGGGUGGAAGGCCGUGGACUCUAAGCUGGUCCACGCCCGUGAAGUUGUUGACGAAGGAAUGGAACGUGCUCGUCGAGCCCGCGACUCGGUUCGUGAUAAUAUCGAAACCGCCCUCUCUCUCGCGCAGGAGAAGCGUUUGAUCUCAUACUACGAUCUGCCCGAUCCGUGGAGAGUGAACCCGCAUAUCUUGAAUGGAUACCGAUUCACCACCUCCAAAAUCGAGUGUGUCUCCUCCGUAUUCUCAUUUUCGAACGAAAUGGUCAAUAUCUGGUCCCACGUUAUCGGUCUUGUUAUCGUUCUCGCCAUCGCCUUCUACUUCUACCCACUUCACACGAACUUCCAUCUCAGCACCAAGGCUGAUGUUCUCAUCGCUGCGGCCUUCUUUGCUGCAGCGUGUAAGUGUUUGGUCUGCAGUACCAUCUGGCACACCAUGAACAGCAUUGCCUCUCAAACCCUCAUGGAGCGUUUUGCAUGUGUCGAUUACACCGGUAUCUCCAUGUUGGUGGCUGCUUCGAUCGUGACCACCGAAUACACCGCUUUCUACUGCGAGCCAGUCUCGCGUUGGACUUACAUUCUUCUCACGUUCUCCCUUGGAAUUGGUGGCGUCAUUCUUCCCUGGCACCCGACAUUCAACCGUCAUGAUAUGGCCUGGGCCCGUGUGGCGUUCUUCGUUACUCUUGCUCUUACCGGCUUUGCUCCUAUCGCCCAACUCUCAUACACUCGUGGCUUUCAAUGGUGUCUGUAUUUCUAUGCGCCUGUCGUGAAGAGCAUUCUUGUUUACUUCGUCGGUGCUUGUGUCUACGCCUCGAAAGUUCCUGAGCGCUGGAAGCCCGGUCUAUUCGACUACGUUGGCGGCAGCCACAACAUUUGGCACUUGGCCGUUCUUGGCGGCAUUCUCUUCCAUUAUCACGCCAUGCAAGAUCUCUUCGCUGGGGCUUUUCUCCGUGCGGAGGGAGAAUGCCCGAAUCUGACCUCGUGA